CAACUCAAGUUUUCAACUUUGGUGAAAUUUUCGAAGCUUGAUCGGUAAAUUCAGCAGCUUUUGGGUCGGAACCUGUUCGCUGAUGCGUUGGUGAAAAUGGGUUUCGGAGCAAUCAGAUCGAUAUUUCGUCCAUUGUCGAGAACCUUGGUUUCGCGUGCCGCCGCUAACUACUCGUCUGCGCCAUUCCUUGGGACGAUUCCAGCUGCGAAGUCCGAGUUAUGCUCCUUCUUCGGUGGAUCGACGACUCAUUUGAGGUUACCAUGGAUUCCAUUGACCAACCAUUUCCAUAGCUUAAGCUUAACUGAUACUCGGCUUCCGAAGAGACGACCCAUGACUCAUCCCAAGAAGAAAAGAUCCAAAUUGAAACCUCCAGGACCGUAUGCAUAUGUUCAAUAUACACCUGGCCAGCCAAUUUCUUCAAACAAUCCUAAUGAAGGCAGUGUGAAGAGAAGGAAUGCGAAGAAGCGCAUAGGGCAGCGUCGUGCCUUUAUACUGUCUGAGAAAAAGAAGAGGCAAGCGCUGGUGCAAGAGGCAAAGAGAAAGAAGAGAAUCAAGCAAGUGGAACGUAAGAUGGCUGCUGUCGCAAGAGACCGAGCUUGGGCUGAAAGACUGACCGAACUUCAGCAGCUCGAAGAAGAUAAGAAGAAGUCAAUUUCUUCUUGAGAUUGCUUUCAUUAGAUCAAACAAAGAAAUAAUCCCAAAUAACAAUCUCUUUUCUUGUCUUGAGUUAGAAUUACUCUUCUUUGUUGUGUUUAGCGUGUGUUCUCUUAAGAGUUAACUCGCCCUUGUCUUUUCUACAAACUUUGUCGACAGAACUGAGAGUUACUUUACGUUUCUGUUCUUUAUA